UAUUACGGCCUAUCGAUAGAACCGAUAUUGAUUUUUUAAUUUUAAACUUUUUGAGAUGAAAUUGGUUUGUUUGUUCUUAUUCUUCGCUUUCCUCGCCACAACACUGGCCAACGAGUCGGCCAAGGUGAAAAUAGGCAUCAAGAAGCGGGUGGAGAACUGCACCAGAAGGGCUAAAAGUGGCGAUUUGGUCCAAGUCCACUACAAGGGCUCGCUGCAGGAUGGUACAGAGUUCGACAGCAGCUACUCCCGCUCCACUCCAUUUUCAUUUACACUGGGCGCCCGCCAGGUAAUCAAGGGCUGGGACCAAGGAUUGUUGGGCAUGUGCGAGAGCGAGAAGCGAACGUUGACCAUUCCCCCCGAGCUGGGUUAUGGAGCAAGUGGAGCCGGUGGCGGAAAGAUACCGCCAAAUGCCGUGCUGGUCUUCGAUGUUGAAAUGGUCAAGAUUGAGCCACGUGCCGGAUCUGAAGAGUUGUAGAAUAAAUGCCAGAGAAGUGCAGCCAAAAGGAAA